UACAUAUAUACAAAACCCAAACACACAUAGACUUCCAAUGGACCAAAUGCCUAAGAAAAACCCAAUACUUGCUGCAACAUGGGGUAUCAGAAACAGCUUUCGAUCCAUCCUUGCCCUUCUUGUCGCCGCCAUUGUCGUCAGAGCUGUUUAUCUGACCCAAAAUGGUGCACAAUUCUUGGAAGAUCUUUCUUCAACAAUGGGUGGUUCGAAGGACUCCAUUCAUAAGUGCAAUUUGUUUUCUGGCCAAUGGGUUUUUGACAACCAUUCUUACCCUCUUUACAAAGAAAAGGAAUGCACUUUCAUGUCGGACCAAUUGGCUUGUGAGAAAUUUGGUAGGAAGGAUUUUGGGUAUCGAAAUUGGAGGUGGCAACCACAUCAAUGUGACCUCCCUAGGUUCAAUGCCACAGCGUUGCUUGAGAGGCUAAGGAACAAGAGGCUUAUGUUUGUAGGGGACUCGUUGAAUAGAGGCCAAUGGGUUUCAAUGGUUUGCUUGCUUGACUCGGUCAUCCUUUCUGGUUUCAAAUCCAUGCACUCCAAUGGCUCUUUGAACACCUUCAAGGCCCAUGAAUACAAUGCUUCAAUUGAGUUCUAUUGGGCACCAUUACUGGUGGAAUCAAACAAUGAUAAUCCAGUGAGCCACCGUUUGCCAGAACGGGUAGUAAGAGUACAAGCAAUUGAAAAACAUGCCAGGCAUUGGACUGAUGCAGACAUACUUGUUUUUAAUUCCUAUCUUUGGUGGAAAAGACCCAAAAUGAAUGUCUUGUGGGGAUCUUUUGAAAGCUCCGAUGGAAUUUACAAAGACGUUGAGAUGCUUAGGGUGUAUGAGAUGGCUCUCAAGACAUGGUCAGAUUGGUUGGAAUUUCAUGUUAAUAGAAACAAGACCCAGUUGUUUUUUGUUAGCAUGUCACCCACCCAUCAAACAGCUGAAGAAUGGGGUGGUAGUGGUGAAAAUUGUUACACAGAAACAGAGCCAAUUAUAGAAGAGGGCUAUUGGGGAAAUGGAUCAGAACCCAAAAUGAUGCGUUUAGUGGAGAAAGUGUUGGAUGAAUUGAACACAAGGGGCCUAAAUGUACAAAUGCUAAACAUCACACAACUCUCAGAGUACAGAAAAGAAGGCCAUCCAUCAAUCUAUAGGAAGCAGUGGGAACCACUAACCAAUGAGCAAUUAUCAAAUCCAAGCAGCUAUGCAGAUUGCAUCCAUUGGUGUCUCCCUGGGGUUCCUGAUGUGUGGAAUGAGUUGCUCUAUGCUCAUAUUUUCCAUCGAUGACAAUUCCUUAAUUGGAAAUCAACCAAUGUUUAAAAAGAAGGAAUUGAAAGACUAACCCAUUUUAUAAGAUGGAUAAGUUGUUAAAUGCACCUAAUUAGGAGAUUCAUAAUCUAAAAUCUAUUGAUCAUAAGUGUCAGAUUGGUUAAAAAAAAUAAUAAAGUACUGUCUAAGAUUUUUAGUUAAA